AUGAGACCAUCAACUGUUGACACGGGGUACCGGCUGCAACCCACACCCCUUGGAAACCCGGUUACCUCUGACGCAUAUUUCCAACGCGUGCUACAUGGCUACCUGGAUCCAGAGCUCGUCGAAAGCGUCACCCCUCAGCUGAUUAAGUUUGGUGACGACGCAGUGUCUGACACUGUACAUGCCUGGAUCGCCAACUCUGAAAAGGAGGAGCCUUAUGUGAAGCAAUACGAUGUCUGGGGCAGCCGAUAUCCGUAUGAUAAGCUCGUGACCUCGGAGGGCUGGAAAAGACUUGGCCAGUGGGGCGCAAGAAAUGGCGUGGUCUCGUUGGGCUAUGAACCAGAGAAUGGGCCAUUUAGGCGACUGGUGCAACAUGCCUUCAACUACAUCUUCUCUGCAUCCUCGGGGGUACGAUCAUGCCCAGUCUCCAUGACGAGCGGUGCUGCUCGCCUGGUCAUGCGUCACUUACCCGGCUUGCCUGACGAUCACCCCUUUCACGAGGUCUUUAGGAAGCUCAUCGCUCGCGACGAUGCCUGGGUCUCCAGUCAAUGGAUGACGGAACGGCCCGGAGGCAGCGAUGUGCGCAACUCUGAGACGGUCGCUGUUUACUCUCCCCUACCAAGCAAGUCAAACAAAAUCGGCCGCAUCGAUGAGGGGGAUUACCUUCUCUCCGGCUUCAAGUGGUUCACAUCUGCGGCUGAUUGUGACAUGGCCCUGAUCUUGGCCAAGACUGAGUCUGGGGAACUCAGUUUGUUCCUUGCGCCAACAAGAACCACAGCUGUGGGAGAAGACGGAAAGCCGUACGAGAGAACAAACGGGGCCAGAAUCCACCGGAUGAAGAACAAAAUGGGUACCAAGGAGCUUCCGACAGCCGAAAUUGAGCUCAAGGAUACUCGCGCCUGGAUGAUUGGCCCAAAGGAUAAGGGAAUCGCGACCAUUGCGCUACUGCUCAACGUCACCAGAACGCACAACUUCAUCACCGCCCUGUCUUGCUGGAGGCGAGCCAUGCACAUCGCCAAAGCGUUUGCCAAAGCGCGCCAAGUCCUGGACCAGCCUCUAUGGACAUUUCCGAUGCACCUGAGGCUCCUGUCUACCAUGGAAGUCAAACACCGCGGCGCGAUGCAGUUGGCCUUCUUCACGACAUCCUUGCUCAGCUUUGCAGAUUACGGGUUUCCAGAAUUAGGCGCCUUCGCUCAUCUUCCUCUCCCCGAGCCCGGGCGGCCGACAGAGAUUCUUCUUCGAACCUUGACGGCCACCACCAAGGCCAUCAUUUGCAAGGUCGGCACGCUGGCCCUGCAAGAGUGCCAGGAAGCCAUGGGCGGCGUUGGCUACCUUGACGAUCCCGAUGAUCCCGAGUUCAACAUUUCUCGCCUAUACCGCGAUACCGCCGCCAAUAUGACGUGGGAAGGGACAACUAAUGUGCUGGCCAGCGAGGUCGUCCGACAUGUUCUCAAUAACGAUCACUGCGACAUCAUUGCAAAUUGGAUGCGAAAUGCCAUUGGCAAAAUAGCCGAUUCCGCCCUGAAAGGCGCAUUGGAGCGAUCCUGUUCAAAGUUCUUCAAAGAGCUGGCUCCUCUGAAGGACAACAUUGGAGCAGCCCUGGCAGACGGACGGCAGCAAAUGUUCACUUUAGGGUGGCUUAUUAGUGGUGUCUUGCUUGCGCUAGACGCCCAGCGAGACAGCGAGGAGAUUGCUUCUGAAGUUGCGAAACGGUGGGUGCUCCGUGGCGAAGGAGGCUUUGGCGAACCACACCAAAGGAAGCGCAAACGAUACACUCUGAGCCCCAGUCCCCCAGCUUGCGACGGCCCUGAGCAACACACACCCAACACGACGGGUACCACUGGUCUCACGGCCAUCUCAGACCUCGAUACCACUGGGCUCCAUCAGAUCACAGGUCCCGCUACAUCCCCGCAUUCACCUAUCUCGCAGAACUCGCAGUUCCAUAAAGCCUACGAGAUACCCACCGUCGACCGGAGCUAUGAUGGGCGGAGCGAGUACCUUGGAGACCAGGUCCCCUUCACGGAGCCUCUGCAUGUGUCGCACACGGGCCUCGACCCUGAGCACGGGCUUCCACACCUUGACGUUCGUUUCCUGGCACUCAGGAAGGCUUUCGAUCUCCCGUCUCGAACCAUGCGCGAGAGCCUCAUUGACGCCUUCAUGGAACACUGUCACCCCUGGACGCCGAUAGUCGAGAGGCGAUGGCUAGAGGAGACUGACCAGCGGCGGCCGCCGCUAUUGCUCCUUCAAGCCGUGUUUCUCGCUGGAAGCCGAGUUCUGUCCAGUCCGCUCGUGCAUACAUCAUCGCCCGAGUUUUACGAGCGAGCGAGAGCACUCUUCUUUCAUGGACAUGAGAAGAACACGACGCUUGCCAUUGUCGCCGUCUGUCUUUUGCAGUGGUGGAACCCGACCGGUCCCGAAAAGUUCUCGGUCAACACCAGCGGAUUUUGGGUACGCAUUGGCGUUGAGCUCGCGUACCAGGUGGGACUCCACAAGGAACCGGCCGAUGGGCCAUUCAAGAGCUUCCGCCGCCGGUUGUGGUGGACGCUGGUUGUUCGCGACAGCAUCAUCUCGGUCGGGACUGGUAGACCACGGACGAUCCACCUCGAAGACAGCACGAUGAAGCCACCUAGCCUGGAAGACUUUGCUGUGCAGGACAUCCAAGCCAUCAGACAACGCUUCGAAGAUGCCUUGUUUCGGUGGGCCAAGCAAGUGCCCCAACAGCUGCAAAUUGUCCACCAACACAACGAAACAUGCGCACUCGCGCCAUACAACUUUGAAGCGCGUCAACUGGCGGUGCCUUAUUUCGUCUCUCUGACCUUGCUCCACCGAACACCGAAGGCGCAGGCGUCUGCUCCAACCAUUUGUCUUCUUGCGUCGUCGUACGUUGUGGCGAUCAUCGAGGAGUUCAUCUGCCGGGAUCAGUUGCGCUAUCUUGGACCGGUCUUUACAUUCUACGCCCUUGUCACGGGCCUGAAUCAACUUACUGGGUUUCGCUACGAAUGCUUGCAGGAGGUGGCAGAGCACGAGUUCAACGUGGUCAAGGUGGCGCUCGAGGAGCUCGGCAAGCGAUGGGGCUCGGCUCACGGAGCGUUGCGAGGAUUGAUCAGAGCCAAGGAGGCAGUUCAACAACAGCCGCGCUAUUCCAGACGGCCGCCAAUCUUGUCUCCCGACGAGGCUAUUUUCUUCACGGACUUUGGGCCUGAGCUUUGCAAGAUGUGGGACGUGGGGUUUGCGGGUUCGACGGACCGUGGACACGGAUCGGUUAUCGCCGCGCGUAAAGACUCGCAGUCGUGGGACUUCGCCACGACGGCUGAUGGCAUGUCGCUUCAAAUGCAGUCGCCAGAUCUACUGCAGGGGCCGAAAGCUUCUUCAAGCUCAAGGGAUCCUCGCGAAGCAAGUUUGGCGGACGCUUCUGCGUACGGGUACGAAGAUUUGACCCAGUUCGAGGAUCCCUUGGUGCCGGCGGAAGGGUUCUGGCUGUUUGAGGAUCUAGAGUUGCCGGGCAUGUUCUCCGACACAUUUGUUCCCUGA